AUGUCCAGCAAUGGUGUUUCCCAAACUCUGCGCAUGUUUGCUACAGCUGCUGUUGCAUUCUUUGGUGGAACUUUUGCUCUCGGUUUCUUGACCUCUUCCAUUUCUGGACGUCUCACUCUACAUAUAAGGAAAAAAUAUGGCAGACUAUGUGGGGCUUGUAAAGGGAUAGGUUAUUAUCCUUGCAAACUGUGUAAAACUAAUGGCAUAAUAAAGUGGUCUCCACUUUAUGAUCCCGUGUUUAUAAACCCAUGUGUUUGCCCGACCUGUGAUGGAUUUAGGGUACAACGCUGUCUCAACUGCUUGGGUUAUGGUUUUGUAUAA